AUGCUCACCCUCAUCCUUCUGAUCUCAUCUGAUAGGAACACACCAUCACCCCUUCCCCCCACGCCCCCAGGAACACACCAACACCCCUUCCCCACACGCCCCCAGGAACACACCAUCACCCCUUCCCCCACGCCCCCAGGAACACACCAUCCCCCCUGCACCCCCAACGCCCUCAGGAACACACCAUCACCCCUUGCCCCCACGCCCCCAGGAACACACCAUCACCCCUUCCCCACACGCCCCCAGGAACACACCAUCACCCCUUGCCCCCACGCCCCCAGGAACACACCAUCACCCCUUGCCCCCACGCCCCAGGAACACACCAUCACCCCUUCCCCCACGCCCCAGGAACACACCAUCACCUCUUAA